UUCCACCCGGCGUGCGCCCCAGGCCACGGCCUUCGCCGGCUGCGCGCACCGAUGCCCCAGUGGCUUUCCGGGUUUGCCAGUCCCAGCCACAAGGGGUGGCCGGGUCCCGGCCCAUAGAGCAAGCAUCUCAUAAUACUGUGUGGAGGAAGGCAGAAGACAUGGAUGUAGAUGCCGAGAGAGAAAAGAUAACACAGGAGAUCAAGGAGCUGGAACGGAUUCUCUAUCCCAGUUCUCCCAGUGCCCGCUUAGAGGUCUCUGAAUCCAGUCUCAGUUCCGACUCAGAAGACUCACCGCCCCAUGAGGACGUGGAUGCUGCCAGUGCUCCCCACGUGGAAGAAGAAAGGUGGGGUCAGGCCAGCAAUGACGAGGAAGACCCCAAGGACAAAGCCCUCCCUGAAGACCCCGAGACUUGUUUGCAACUGAACAUGGUCUACCAGGAAGUCAUCCGAGAGAAGCUGGCAGAGGUCAGCCUGCUGUUGGCCCAGAACCAGGAGCAGCAGGAAGAGAUCCUGUUUGAUCUAGCUGGGGCCAAAUGCCCCAAGGUGAAGGACAGCAAAAGUCUGCCCUCAAACAUGUACAUAGGCCACUUCAUGAAGCCAUACUUCAAGGACAAGGUCACUGGAGUGGGUCCUCCUGCCAAUGAAGACACACGGGAGAAGGCCGCCCAGGGAAUCAAAGCCUUCGAGGAGCUCCUGGUGACCAAGUGGAAGCACUGGGAGAAAGACUUGCUGAGGAAGUCUGUGGUGAGUGACCGCCUGCAGCGCCUGCUUCAGCCCAAGUUGCUAAAGCUUGAGUACUUGCACCAGAAGAAGAGCCGGGUCUCCAGUGAGCCCGAGAAGCAGGCCCUGGAGAAGCAGGUCAGGGAAACGGAGAAGGAGAUCGAGGACAUUAACCAGCUCUCAGAGGAAACCUUGCUAGGAAACAGGAUGGACAGCCAUGACUGGGAGAAGAUUUCCAAUGUCAAUUUUGAAGGACGCCGCAGUGCUGAGGAGAUCCGGAAGUUCUGGCAGAGUUCUGAGCACCCAAGUAUCAACAAGCAGGAAUGGAGCGCAGAGGAAGUGGAGCGGCUGAAGGCCAUCGCUGCCGCACACGGCCACUUGGAGUGGCAUUUGGUUGCAGAAGAGCUGGGGACUGGUCGCAGUGCCUUCCAGUGUCUGCAGAAGUUCCAGCAGUACAACAAAGCCCUGAAGCGCAAGGAGUGGACGGAGGAGGAGGACCGUAUGCUCACCCAGCUGGUCCAGGAGAUGCGCGUCGGGAACCACAUCCCCUACCGCAAGAUUGUCUACUUCAUGGAGGGGAGAGACUCCAUGCAGCUCAUCUACCGGUGGACCAAGAGCCUGGAUCCCAACCUGAAGAAGGGCUUCUGGACACCAGAGGAAGAUGCUAAGUUGCUUCAAGCUGUUGCCAAACAUGGGGCACAAGACUGGUUUAAAAUUCGGGAAGAGGUGCCAGGUAGGAGUGAUGCCCAGUGCAGAGACCGCUAUCUCAGAAGAUUACAUUUCAGUUUGAAGAAAGGACGGUGGAAUGCCAAGGAAGAGGAGCAGUUGAUCGAAUUAAUAGAAAAGUACGGUGUUGGUCACUGGGCAAGAAUAGCUUCUGAACUACCACAUCGAUCAGGCUCCCAGUGUCUGAGCAAGUGGAAAAUCUUGGUCAGGAAGAAGCAGCGUCUCCAGAGGAGGAGGUGGCGGAGGCCCCGUCAGAGUACCCAGUGGAGCUCUAGCAGCAGUGACAGUAGCAGUGGCAGCGACGUCAGUGGUCACUGGAGCAGCAGCAGCAGCAGCAGUAGCGAGGGCUCAGAGGCGGAGCUAGAGGAGCCCCUGGAGAGUAGCAGAGAGCCAUUAUCCUCACAGUACACAGUGCCGGACAUUGACCUGUGGGUUCCCGCCAGGCAGCCAUGGAGAAAAGGGGCAGAGUACUGCUCAGGACACCCCAUUGUGUCCACCUGCCCUCCAAAUGGGUCUGAUGCCACCCAGGGUCACCACAAAGAAGUUUCCCCCACAGCUUCAGCUCCUGAUGAGAUGAACCAGCGUGUAUUGAAGGUGCCCUUAGAGACGGUGCUGAAAGUGCUCAAGACCUACCCAACAACCCAGAGCCGCACACUGGUGACCGCUUACUCACAGAAGGAGAGGCUGAGGCAGCCCCUGCAGCCUAACUCACCCCCAGGGCCUGGGCCUGGUGACAGCAUGACUGGAUCCCACCUGCAGCAGUUGUGGCAUGGAACCUUCCAGAGGAGGCAGAGGUAUAGGAGACAGGCUCUGCACCGGAGGCUCCUUAAACACAGGCUUCUGCUAGCUGUGAUACCCUGGGUGGGUGACAUUACCCUGCCCUGCACACCAUCUUCCUGGAAACCUGCUGCAGUGCAGACUCAAGCUGAUAGCAUCCGGAGGCAACUGGAGCAUGCUCAUCUGGCCAGCACCCCAGUGUUCACGCUGUUAAUUCAGCUGUUACAGAUUGAUACUGCUGGCUGCAUGGAGGUGGUUCGAGAGAGGAAGAUCCAGUCACAACAUCAACAGGCACCAGGGGAGCCCUCUAGUGCCCAGAGUACCACAGGCUGCCUCUUCCCAAGCCUAGCAGCUCAGCACACUGCAAAGAGAGCCAGCUCCAGAGGGCGUCCACAGCUGAAGUCUCACUCCCAGUCAGCCACCCAAGUGCCUACGCCGGCCCCACGUGGCCUCCGACCCAGGCCCAAGACAGUGUCUGAGUUACUUUGUGAGAAGCGGCUCCGUGAGUCCCGUGCCAGGAAGGCUGCCCAGAGCCCCACCACUGUCCCCAACCAGCUGUUACUCUCUUCAGCGGUGAUCCUCCAGCCUGCCGUGCCGCCAGCCCCACAGGGUUCUGCAGCCACAGGUCCUGCCAUGUCCAGUGCACAGCUUUGUGGGCCCGUGGCCCCCAUAGUGAUCACUUCAAGUCCUUCUGGCUCCUGGCAGGAGGCUGAAUUUUCAGCCAAGGACAAGCAGAUCCCCAGCCUGCAGGCCCUGCCUCUAACUCCUACCCUCAACGGUGUCCAGGGUAUAACCUCUGCUGCCUACAGAAGCCUGGUCCCAACUCCUAGCCAGAUCCUUGUGAGCUGCCCUCUGAGCAACCUAGGACAGUCUCAGGCCCCUGUCAUAUCCCAGAAGCAGGGCCUACCCAAGAUCCUGCCCUUUCUUCCUGCAGCCUCCUGCCCCACUCAGCUGCCCAUGCAUCCCCUCAACCUGACACCCGCUCUGGGUACACAGCCCCUGGCAGCUAGGGCUAGCCUGCCUGCCAACGUAGUGCUCACAGCACAAAGGCUGCUCCCUGUGUCCAUGCCAGCUAUUGUAAGCCACCCCCAGCCAGUGAGGCCCCCUGAACCCACAGGACUGCCUGUGACUCUGCCAGCCUCAACGAAGACUCCUACUUCUCCUGUGCAGCCCUCAGCCAGUGCAGAUGGAGAGCCCAGAGGGCCUCAGGGCAAAGAAAAGCCACCCCUGGCUGGGCCUGAGAAGGGGACCUUGGACCUGAGCCUGCUCUCCCAGGAAAGUGAAGCAGCCAUACAGGCAUGGCUGAGGGGCCGCCAAGGUGCAUGUGUGCCGCCUCUGGGGAGCCAGCUGCCCUAUCAGCCCCCUGCCCUGUGCAGCUUGCGGGCGUUGUCCAGCCUCCUCCGCCACAAGAAAGACUUGGAACGCAAAGCUGCCUCUCUAGCAGCCAGCAGCGCAGCUGAGGUGCAACCUGAGUCCAGAGCUGGAGUCCUGCAGGCCUCACUGGGGCUGGUGCGAAGGCAGCUCCAGGACAACCCAGCCUACCUCCUGCUGAAGACACGGUUCCUGGCGGUCUUCACCCUCCCUGCACUCCUGGCCACCCUGCCCCCCGACAGCAUUCCCACCACCCUGUCAUCAGCCAUGAGAGAGAGUUCUGAGAGUGAAGAAGAAAACCUCCUAGGUGACCUGGGGCUGAAGGACAGGGCUGGGCAACCGGACUGCUUGACACAAGCCAGCUCUCCAGCCACAAACCCCAUCCAGGGAGCCCCAGAUCCCGGCGAGGGCUCUGCCCCCUCUCAGCUAGAUGCUUCUGAUGACCUUGAUGUGCUCAGGACUCGGCGUGCCCGACAUGCACGGAAGCGGAGGCUGCUGUGACAGCAGGACAAGCGAUCCGGCUCAGAAGCCCACAACUGCUCCACGCAAAAGACAAGGUCCAGGCCCAUCCUAGAGCCCACUGUCCCCUGCAGGAGGAAACACAGAGGCCCACGACUACCUUCCAUCUGCAGCAGGCAAGAGGACCUCUACCAACAGUGGCCAUGUGGUUCCUGUGCUCAAAUCCAGAAUAAAGGAGUACUCUAUUUUUAAAUUAAAAAACAA